AGCUGUCAAACAUGGCCACCUCCUACUGGGUGUGAAAGAAGCGACAGCUGACAAAGGAGAAAUCCGUCUAUCGCUGCGGAUGACGGUCGUUUUUAAAUACAUCGUCCCUUCAGUUCAUCGGACGCAUAUGUGAUCUCCACAGUGAUGAUGUGUGUCAGACCAGGGAAGUGACUGAAGAGUUGAACUGCCCCACACUGCUGCGCGUCCCGCCUUCCCGCAGCCAUGCAGAUGAACGCUGUGAUCGUGGAGUCCGCCGUGGUUCUGGCCGUGGUGCUGUGCGUCCACAUGGCGGUGUGGAACCAGCACUCCUGGUGCAGCAUCGCUCUGGUCAUCCAGGCUUUUUACGUGCAGCACAAGUGGGAUCGUCUUCUGCGAUCAGGCGCAGCCGUGUUCCAGUUCCGUCCGUCUGCGAACAGCGGCAUCGUCCCGGCCUCCAUGGUGAUGCCGCUGUUGGGCCUGGUGCUGCGAGAGCGGUGCUCCGCCUCUGGGAACGUCUACUUUGAGCGCUUCUCCAUGGUGGUCACCAUCACCGGCAUGAUGCUGGCCUUAUUCCUCUCCCUGAUCGCGCUGGGAAUCACCAGGCCUGUUCCAACCAACACGUGUGUCAUCGCAGGCAUGGCAGGCAGCGCCAUCCUCUACACCACAAAGCAAACGCUGACGGUGUCAGAGGUCAUCGAGGUGCUGGAGGUUCUCUUGAUCUUCGUCUAUCUGAGUCUGAUUGUGCUUUACUUAAUGCCGCGCUGCUUCACACCCGGCGAGGCGCUUCUUAUCGUCGGUGGGAUCAGCUUCAUCAUCAACCAGCUCAUCAAACGCUCUCUCAACCUAGCUGAGGUCAAAGGUGAUCCAGUGAACUACUUCCUGCCCGUGGUGGUGGUGGGCUCUCUGCUGCUGGGCGUGGUCUUCGCCCUGCUUUUCUGCUUCAUGGAGUCAGAGACCUGGGUGUCCUCCCUCUUUUUCCACAUCAUGUCAGCCGUCCUGGCUCUGGGCAUCCUCAUGCCCUGGCUCUCCCUCUUCAUCGGCCGCCAUCCCAUCAUGUGGCUGUUUGACUUUGUGACGCUCAACGACAAAAGGCUGUGCCUGCUGAGCUACUGGGCCUUUCUGUGCGUGGUGGCCACCUGCGUGGUGCUGCACCAGAACUAUCAGCGGCAGGCAGGAUCCAAGAAGCACCAGGCCUCCACCGUGGUCAGGAAGUACUUCCACCUGAUUGUGGUGGCCACGUUCGUGCCCGGCCUCAUUUACGACAGGCAGCUGCUGCACGUGGCCUCGGUGGGCUGCCUGGCUGUCUUCUUGUUCUUGGAAUACGUGCGGUAUUUUCGAAUCCGGCCGCUGGGACAGCUUCUCAGGCAGCUGCUCACGCUCUUCUUAGACGAGAGGGACUCGGGGCCGCUCAUACUCACCCACAUCUACCUGCUGCUGGGCAUGUCUCUGCCCAUCUGGCUCUUCCCUGGACCCUGCGCUCCAAAGGGGGUGCUGCCUGGUGCGGGCGGGCUGGUGCCGUACGCCGGCGUGCUGGCGGUGGGCGUCGGCGACACGGUAGCGUCUGUGUUCGGGAGCACGAUGGGAGAGAUCCGAUGGCCAGGAACUAAAAAAACGAUGGAGGGAACAGCCACUUCAGUGUUCGCCCAGAUCAUCGCGGUGGCCAUGUUCCUCAUCUUUGACAGCAGCAUCAACUUAAACGCCACCUACUCGUGGAUCGUGGGCUCCAUCACACUGGUAGCCAUGCUGGAGGCUUACACGUCCCAAAUAGACAACCUCCUCCUCCCGCUCUACCUCCUCAUCCUCCUGCUGCUCUGAUCAAACCCCACACAUGUCCAUUUUAAUGUUGGAAUGACUAUUUAAUUUCUGACCAAGACUUUUAAUGGCACAAGAAGCUGGGUGAACAUGUUAACAAAGACACUAGAUGCGUUUGUUUUGACGUCCACAGAACGUUUCUAUGUGCAAACAAUAUUUAUUCCGUGAUACCGUUAAAGAAUAAUGCAAGUGAAGACUUGAGAACUCAAGUUGAAACCGCUGAACGAUUUAAUCAAGCAGUUGCUUUCUCAGGAAAACAAAAAAGCAGAUUAGCAACAUCAAAAACUCAGUUAAAAACAGUUAAAACAUUUGCAUUUAAGCAGUCAAAAAUCUCCACCAAAUCUUGUUAAAACCUGUGUAAAAUGUUUUUUUAAUAUUAAAAAAAUGUAACAUUUUAACAUGAAAUAUUGAUGAAUCAGGAGGGAGGUGACAUCAGAGCAGUUGGGUUACGACAUGUGCUCCCAUCCGAGCCACCGGUGUGUUCUUGUAUUAUGCAACAGGAGAUCGAGUUCAGCCAAAACUGUUCUGGAAACAUGCAGAUAAGCAACAGACGCUUCUCAGUGACUUGGCUUGACUCACCUAACCAAGUUUUGUUUCAUUUAUUUCAUUGACGUUUGUAUUGCCUAUGAAGAACAUUAUUUCAUCAUUUCUUAUUUCUGUACUUCCAUAGUCGUCUCUGCCUAGAUAGCAAUAUGAAGGACCCUCUGCUGACAGUAUUUGCCUUAAGAAGUUUUUUUACUACCACAUAUUUGUAGAUGGUCGAUGAAAGCAUGGCUGCCGACGCAAACUCUUUUAAAAGGGCUGCUUUGAAUUGUGGCUGCAGCAGGAUCCUGUGACGUCUCUGCAUGACACUAAUGUGAAACUCAUGAUGUGGCACAGUCUGGUUGCUGUUUUAGUGGCGCUAUUCAUAAUAACUGCUGUACGUGAUACUUGGUUUGGAUGAUUUUUAUCAUAUUUGGGGUUUAAACCCUUGUUCUUGGUCACCUUUUGACUGUUUGAACUCUGAGAAUUUCACUGGAGUGUGACGUCAUUCAACCUCUGGGUGGAAACCAAAGAUCAGAUUUCUUUUUUUACAGUUAUGACAAGAACUGAUUGAAAAGCAAAAACUAUUCAAAAAUACUUUGGUGUUUCAGUAUUCUUGAAUUCCAUAUGGAUUACUUUAUAAUUAUUCAGAAGAAUAACAUUCAGAUUACAAUUCCAAUUUGGUUCAUCAAUGAUUAACAUAAACAUAUCAUGUAAAAAAAGAGAGGAUUCAUCUGUCCAAGAAAGCAUGACGGGGCAGGAAUAAUACGAAUAUAUCUGCUGAACACAUGACACAUACAGUACGAACACAUUCCAUGGUCAAGCUCCAUUGGUUGACUGUUCUCCUCCUGAUCCCAAUGGCUCAACUAUACAGGUUUGAAGCACAAAUGGAGCUCUUUAGUUUCAGUAGGUAAAAAAACCUUUAAUGCAUUUUCCAAAAUGACUUUACAAUGACGUUCACACACAGUUAUGAAUUCAACAUUUCAACAGUACUUGAUAAGGCUGCAUCAUUUGUAUUUCCUAUUUGUAUUUUAUUGCUCCACUUGUUCCAUUGAUUAAAUGUAGAUUUCCUGUUAUUAUAAAAUGUGUUUCCAACAAAAUCUUGAAAAACAAAAACAUCGCUAUGAAAUGAUUUAGUUCAUAAAAUUGUUUUGCUGCUGCAGGAGCUUUAUUUCAGCAUGUAUGCGAGCCCUUGAAUCAUGUUUAUCCAGAAAAAUGUUUUUUGUUGUUAUGAUUUGUCGGCAUGAAACCACAGUGCAAUUGUUAUCUCUCCACUUGGAAAAGACAUAAUAUUAAAGGCAUGGUGAGUGCAAAUUGGAAGAUUAAAAAUGUGAUACACCUUCAGACAAGAGUCUGAAUACUUCAUUUCGUGUUUAAAAAAAUUGUUUUCAUAGACCAACUGUUUGGUAACAAAAUUCAAAGUCUGAA